AUGACUACUUCAUGGAGCGACCGCUUGCAGAACUAUGCUGAUCUCCCAGCCAACAUGGAUGGCAUGGCAAUGAAGAAGUAUCGACGUGAAGCUCACCACAGAGUGUUUGUCAACAGAAGCUUGGCCAUGGAGAAGAUCAAAUGCUUUGGUUUUGACAUGGACUAUACUCUGGCAGUGUACAAGUCUCCUGAGUAUGAGUCUCUGGGCUUUGACCUGACGGUAGAGCGCCUGGUGUCCAUUGGAUAUCCACAGGAACUACUCAACUUCGUCUAUGACCCUUCCUUUCCUACCAGAGGUCUGGUGUUUGACACCAUGUAUGGAAACCUGCUCAAGGUGGAUACAUAUGGGAACAUCCUGGUUUGUGCACACGGAUUCAACUUCAUGAGGGGGCCUGAGACCAGGGAGAUGUACCCCAACAAGUUCAUCCAGCGAGGGGACACAGACCGCUUUUACAUCCUGAACACACUCUUCAAUCUCCCUGAAACAUACCUCUUUGCUUGCCUGGUUGAUUUCUUCAGCAACUGCCCCAGAUACUCAAGUUGUGAGACAGGUUUUAAGGAUGGAGACCUCUUCAUGUCCUACAAAAGCAUGUUUCAGGAUGUCCGUGAUGCCGUUGACUGGGUCCACUUUAAGGGUUCCCUGAAGGAGAAGACGGUUGAAAACCUGGAGAAGUACGUAGUGAAGGAUCCAAAGCUUCCUCUCCUCCUUAGCAGGAUGAAUGAAGUAGCUAAAGUCUUCCUGGCCACCAACAGUGACUACAAAUACACAGAGAAAAUAAUGACCUACCUCUUUGACUUUCCCCAUGGGCCAAAGGCAGAUGCAGCCCACAGACCCUGGCAGUCCUACUUUGACCUUAUUUUGGUGGAUGCCCGUAAACCCGUGUUCUUUGGUGAGGGAACGGUACUGAGACAGGUGGACACAACCACAGGUCGGCUGAAGAUUGGCACGUAUACUGGACCCCUACAGCAUGGCAUUGUGUACUCCGGAGGGUCUUCUGACAUUGUGUGUGACCUCCUGGGGGCCAAGGGGAAAGACAUCAUCUACAUUGGAGACCACAUUUUCGGUGACAUCCUCAAAUCAAAGAAGAGGCAAGGUUGGAGGACCUUCCUCGUGAUACCGGAGCUGGCCCAGGAGCUGCAUGUAUGGACAGAUAAGAGCUCUAUAUUUGAGGAACUUCAGUCUCUGGAUUGUUUCCUGGCAGAACUGUACAAGCAUCUCGACAGCAGCAGCAAUGAGAGGCCAGACAUCAGCUCGCUGCAGAAGAGGAUAAAGAAAGUCACCCACGACAUGGACAUGUGCUACGGCAUGAUGGGUAGCCUGUUCCGCAGUGGCUCCAGACAGACACUGUUUGCUUCCCAAGUGAUGCGGUACGCAGACCUGUACGCUGCCUCCUUCAUUAACCUGCUGUACUACCCCUUCAGUUACCUGUUCAGAGCUGCACAUGUCCUGAUGCCCCACGAGUCGACAGUAGAACACACCCACGUGAACUUCAACGACACCGAGUCACCCCUGGCAACGCGAAAUCGUCACGACGUGGACCUGAAGGAGUUUGACUGCAAACGUCACCAGCUGACGCGCUCCAUCAGCGAGAUCCAGCCCCCGCACCUCUUUCCCCAGACCCCCCAGGAGAUCACCCACUGCCACGAUGAGGAUGAUGAUGAGGAGGAGGAAGAAGAAUAGCUGGACCGAUACAGAAAAAGAGUGACGGAAGAUUGAGGGAGUCAGAAAGGGGGACCUGAGAGGAACUUGUGGAUUUAAUAGAGAUAGAUAGAGGAAGCUGGAAGAUAAGUUUUGAAGAAUUCAUUCAUUCAUUUUUUAUUUGUUUUUCUCAGUUAAUAACUGCUUCCAUCAAGGGAAUAGAUAGAGAAUUCACAACUUAGCUUUGUUAAGUUCCUGGUAGAGGAACUCAGGUGAGUCUAGACGUUCAUAAUGAAAGGAAACUGAAGAAGUUGAGACAGAGGAGCCGCCUAUUGCAGGUUGUGCUCAUGCUGUUAUUUGAU